CAUCGUUAGAGGAAUGUCGACUACGGAUGUGAGUCCCCUUUCCUCAGAAUUACCCUUCUGCGCCGCAGGAUUCACCUGGGUCAUUUUGAUGAACACCUGCCUGCCGGACUUGGCACGCACAAGAAGGAAAAAAUGCGCGUACGGGUACUACUACCACGAGAGAUUCCAAAAGUGCAUGCGUCGUAGAUAUGAUAAGGAGCAGCAGCCCGGAGUCAUAAGGAGAUGGAUGACUAAAACGCCGAAACCCAUGCGAACAACGAGAAAACAUCGAUUAAAUAACGCAAGUCCCCACGAUGGCAAUUGGUGGGGCUACAAUGCUGGAUACGGAAAGGACCAGCCAUAUCCUAACCCUAGGAAAAAAUAGUUGGUCCUCGAAAUA